AUGCAGCUGCGGCACCCGCAGCUGCAGCAGCAGCAGCAGCAGCAGCAGCAGCAGCAAAUGCAGCAGCAGCAGCAGUUGCUGCUGCAGCAACAACUGCAGCUGCAAAGGCAGCUGCAACUCCCUCACCAGCAGUUGCUGCUGCAGCAGCAACUGCAGCAACCGCAGCAGCAACUGCUGCUGCAGCAGCAACAGCUGCAGCAACCGCAGCAGCAACUGCUGCUGCAGCAGCAACAACUGCAGCACCCGCAGCAGCCGCUGCUGCAGCAGCUGACCCGCAUGCAGCAGCCAGAACUCCUACAGCCGCAGCAGCAGCAGCUGCUGCAGCAGCAACUGCAGCAACUGCAGCAGCAGCAGCACCAACUGCAACAGCGGCAGCAACUGCAUCUGCAGCAGCAGCUGCAGCAGCAACAAGCAGCAGCAGGACUGUUUAUGGAUGCAGCAACGCCUGAGCAGCAGCAGCAGCAGGACCUGCUGCAGCAGAUGCAGCUGCAGCACCAACGAUUGCUGCAACAGCAGCAGCAGCAGCAGCAGCAAAGACUGCUGUUGCUGCAGCAGCAGCAGCUACAGCUGCAGCAGCAGCAACUCGAUCAGCAGCAACUCCUGCAGCAGCAGCGUCUUAGCCCUCUAGGGUUACAGCAGCAAACAUGA